CACUAGGCCAUCCGUUGAAGCGUUAUCCCGCAGCGGGCAACCACGGUCACGUACGCGAAAUCUCUCUCUCUCGUGGUCGUGCGCUUCCUUCCCGAGACUCCAAUGCCCCUGCCUCCCCUGCUCCCGCGCCUUUACCCCACGCCGCCUCCACUUCGCGCCGGGGACAGGGGUAACGCCGUCCCUCUCUCUCCUGGAAGAAGAAGGCCGGCGCUUCUCGCUGUCGUCCGCGCAAAGAGAAAGGACGAGGCAAGCUUCACCGACCGCAUCCUUGACUACAUCGAGGGAGGGCCAAAGUUAAGGAGAUGGUAUGGAGCACCCGAUUUGCUUCCCAAGGAUGGGGCUGCGGAGGAUGAGGAGGACGAGUCUCAAGAUAUUGAGGAGUCUCGGGACGCUGUGCUAGUCACCAAUGGCGACAGUGAGAUUGGACAGAUGGUGAUAUUAGCACUAAUUCUGAAAAGGGCUAGAACAAAAGCACUUGUUAAGGAUAAACGAACCACUGAAGAAGCUUUUGGAACUUAUGUGGAGUGCAUGGUUGGUGAUAUCGGAGAUAAGUCCUUCACAAAGAGAGCACUAAGGGGCGUUCGUGCUAUAAUUUGUCCAGCUGAUGAUGGUUUUUUCUCUGAACCGAUCGACCUCAAGGGUGUUCAACACAUUGUUCUGCUAUCACAGCUGGCUGUCUACAGAAAUAGUGGUGGUUUGCAAGCUAUUAUGAACAGCAAGCUGAAGACGCUAGCAGAGAAGGAUGAAGAAGUGGUUCUUGCAUCUGGCAUCCCAUGUACAAUAAUCAGAACAGGUUCUCUGCAAAGCACUCCUGGUCGCGAGAGAGGUUUUGAUUUUACUGAGGGCAUAGCAAGCAAGGGAAGAAUAAGCAAAGAGGAUGCUGCUACCAUAUGUGUGGAAGCUCUGAAUAGCAUUCCCCUAAAGACACACAUUUUUGAGGUUGCAAAUGGUAAGGAGAAGGUGAUAGACUGGAAAGCAUGGUUUGAAGAGCAGACCAAAAGAGAAGAAGAAAUACAGUAAAAAACAAAUUGGAAGUGUUUUUCGCUUGUUGGUCCAUGAGAAAGGAAAAUAGAAAAGAGCAAAAAAAGGAGAGGAUUUAUAAAAACUUGAUGGCUAGUUUGGAAACUCAAAUGCUCUUCGGAAUUGAAGGGGAUGGGAGAGGAAAUUAGUUCAUUUCUACCUCAAUCCUCUCCAAUUCCGAACGAGAUUUGAGGUUCCCAAAUAGCCUAAAGGAAAUGAGCUGAAGGUUACGUUUGAUCCUCUAGCCUUGCUGGCAAUUGAAUCAUACUAGUAUAUCCGAUGAAGAAACAAAAGUGCGUGGAGAAGUGGAGGCACGUCUAUGAACUCUACACUCUGCAGUUGGGCUGAAGCCCCUGAUCCCUCAUUGUUUAUCAACUCAUUCAUUAUCUUAUAUAAAAUGCAGUUCAAAUUAUUUGAUUAAAGACUUUAA